AUGCGCGCCCUGAAUGACAGUUUGUUUGGGGACGCGGAGGAUGUGGACAGAGAUGAGAGUUUAGCCAAAGUGGAGAUCGCGCUGCUCAGUGCCAUCUUCAUGAGCGCCGCCAUCCUCAACACCGCGCUGCUCUUGGUCCUCUGGAGACAGCGCAAACAGAUGUCCAGGAUGCGCAUCUUCGUGUUCCACCUGUGCCUGGCGGACCUGGUGGUCGCUUUCUUCCAGGUGUGCCCGCAGCUCAUGUGGGACAUCACGGAUAGAUUCGUCGGUCCAGACCUGGUGUGCCGUCUCGUAAAGUACCUUCAAGUUCUCGGCAUGUUUUCAUCGACUUACAUGAUCGUGGCCAUGACAGUCGACAGACACCAAGCUGUCUGCAACCCGAUGGUAAAGUUUCAGCGGACGCGCACAAGACUGAACAUCCCCGUGUGCUUGGCGUGGGGGAUUUCCCUGCUGGGCAGCUUGCCGCAGAUUUUUAUUUUCUCACAGGUUGAGGUUGCACCCGGAGUGUUUGACUGCUGGGCUAAUUUCAUCCAGCCUUGGGGGCUGCAGACUUACAUCACCUGGACCACGCUCGUCAUUUUUGUUCUACCGGUUAUUACAGUUGUUGUUUGCCAAGUGCGCAUCUUCAGAGCCAUUCAGGUCAACCUUUACCAAAAGACUCAACAGCUGGGAAGCGUUGGUGUCCCGCUGCCUUCCAGGGCCAGCGGUGUGGCCGGCAUGUCCAAGGCCAGGGUGAAGACGCUGAAGAUGACGGUGGUCAUAGUGCUGGCUUACAUCAUGUGCUGGGCUCCCUUCUUCACUGUCCAGCUGUGGUCCGCCUGGGACCAAAAUGCGCCUAAAGAAACUGCGACUUUCACCAUCCUGAUGUUGCUGGCCAGCCUGAACAGCUGCGCAAAUCCCUGCAUUUACCUCCUGUUCAGCGGACAGUUUCCUAAGAGGCUGGUGAGGCUCCUGUGCCGGCGGCAUUCCGAAGGUAAAGACUCGAUGCAUGAGGAGGCGACGCUGGUGAGCACUUUGUACAUGAGCUUCAAAAACGUCUCAGAGUCCAAGUUAGGGUAACGCCGUGCGGGGAAACGCACAAAAAGACUGCGCGCCUUGAGGUGCUGCUUGUCAUUUCUCUCUGCAUUUGAACGACUCUUUGUCUUAAAUAAUGAGCACACGCACUUUAUCUAGUGGACGGCCUGGUGAGUCCACAAGCAGUCCAAAA